AUGAUAGAAAGUGACAUCUCAUCCAUGAUGUCAGGAAUUAUUCGAAACUCAGGGCAAAAUCACCACCCCUCUACACAGGAAUACAGGCUCCUGGCCACCACCUGCAAUGAUGACCUUCCCGGGGACCUGCAGUCUCUGUCGUGGCUCACGGCCGUGGACGUGCCAAGGCUGCAGCAGAUGGCGAGUGGCCGUGUGGACCUGGGCAGCCCCAGUGUGCCACACGCGCACCCAGGUGCCUUGGCCAGGGCGGCUGACCUGCACGUGGCAGCCGCCCCAGGCCACCUGCUCCAAGGCCCACCUGGCAUAGCCCCCCAAGGCGUGCUGAGCCUGAGUCCCCUGACCAACCACGGCGCCAGUCAAAUGAACCAGUUCGCUGUGGGGGGCCAGCCCUCGUCCAGCCUGCAGAGCCCUCCGCAGCUGUACUCUUCCACCUCGCAAUCUCAGUUCCCACUGCCCCCAGGUGUCCAGCAGUGUGCUCCUGUGGGCCUGUAUGGCUCCCCAUUUGGGGCACGGCCUCCCUACCCCCAGCCCCGCAUGGCUGUGCAUUCAUCCCAGGAACUGCACCCCAAACACUAUCCCAAGCCCAUCUAUUCCUACAGCUGUCUGAUUGCCAUGGCCCUGAAGAACAGCAAGACAGGAAGCCUGCCUGUGAGCGAGAUCUAUAGCUUCAUGAAGGAGCACUUCCCCUACUUCAAGACAGCUCCUGACGGCUGGAAGAACUCUGUGCGGCACAACCUGUCCCUGAACAAGUGCUUUGAGAAGGUGGAGAACAAGAUGAGCGGCUCCUCGCGCAAGGGCUGCCUGUGGGCCCUGAACCUGGCCCGCAUUGACAAGAUGGAGGAGGAGAUGCACAAGUGGAAGAGGAAGGACCUGGCUGCCAUCCACCGGAGCAUGGCCAACCCCGAGGAGCUGGACAAGCUGAUCUCGGACCGGCCGGAAAGCUGCCGACGCCCUGGCAAGCCGGGGGCGCCUGAGGCCCCCGUGCUGACCCGCGCCACCACGGUGGCCAUGACCCCCAGCUGCCUGGCCGGCCCCCGGCUCCCACCCCAGCCGCUGAUGACCCUGUCCCUGCAGUCGGUCCCCUUGCACCACCAGGCGCAGCCCCAGGCACAUCUGGCCCCAGACUCUCCGGCCCCGGCCCAGACCCCGCCUCUGCACGCCCUGCCGGACCUGAGCCCCAGCCCCCUCCCCCACCCCGCCCUGGGAAGGGCGCCUGUGGACUUCAUCAACAUCUGCACCGACGUGAACACCGAGGUGGAUGCCCUGGACCCCAGCAUCAUGGACUUCGCUCUUCAGGGGAACCUCUGGGAGGAGAUCAAGGAUGAAGGCUUCAGCCUGGACACACUGGGGGCCUUCGGAGACUCCCCGCUGGGCUGUGAGCUAGGGGCCUCAGGCCUGACCCCCGUCUCUGGAGGCAGCGACCAGUCCUUCCCAGACCUUCAGGUGACCGGUCUCUACGCGGCCUACUCGACCCCUGACAGUGUGGCCACGUCAGCCACCGCCUCCUCCUCUCAGUACCUGGGCGCUGCGGGGAACAAGCCCAUAGCCCUUCUUUGA